AUGAGCGCCCAAGGCCCCGUCGCCCUCCCACCCACCACGGUGCUCACUACCAAACCAAUCUCCCAAUCCGAAGCGCACGAGUUUCUGGCCAUGUACCUCGAGCGCGCCCGAACAGACGCCUCCCUCCAGCCCAACGCCAGCGUCAACGAAAGCGGCCCCGUCUCCCGCACAACCUCCGCCGCGCCUAACCUGAUCCUCCACAACCUCAAGCGUGUGCAAGCCGGUCUGGCCGGCGAGGUGCUGGGCCGUGAUCUUACCGUCCAGAAGCAGAAUCCUGGCGAGGAUUACCUGGAUGUUCCCGUUGCGGCGGCCGCGAACGAGAAAGGCGAGGAGGGCGAGAAGGAUGAUUUGGAGAUGAAGGAUGUUGAGAUGGAGACUGAGGCGGAGGCGUUUGCGGAGCAGGAGGAGCAGUCGGCUGCUGUUGAUAAGGAGGAGCGGAAGAGAAGGAAGAAGGAGAGACGGUUGGCGGAGAAGAAGGCUAAGGCUAAGAAGGAUGUUGAUUCGGAUUGA